UUUCAGCCACACCUGGAACUUCUGCUUUGACCAAGAGGCCUCGUGAGGAGGAGGAAAGCAGUGCCGUGGCCAUCGACACCGAGGCAGCUCAGGAGGACAAUUCCAGGGCUCCCAUACCUAAAAAGCUGCGCAUCAACCAGAGAGUGGGUCAGGAGGAGGAGAUGCAGGCUGAGGACAGUGCUGAGCCUGAGGGGGUGGUGCCAACAGACAGUCAAGAUGGUGCAGAAGUGAACCAGCAGACAGAGGAGUUUUCAAACCUGGAGGAAGCAGAAGAUGCUGCAACCUCCCAGUCGAUGUCAGUGGAGCAAUUAUUAACACCCACCCAAAGCGAAACCCCCGACCCACUGCAGCACGAAGUUAUCGUCAUUUUAACUGACAGCGAGAGUGAAGAACACGAAGAGGAGGAGGAGGAAGAGGAAGAGG